AUGGGCAAGGAUGUACAAGGAAUAGAAAGAGGGAAAUGCGCUUGUGGUGAAUGCGAGGAUUUCAUGAGGUCAGAUGGAGAAACUUGUGGCUAUUGUAGCUGUUUGCCGACUCGCCAUUCUAAAAAGGAUGCCAGCUACUUCUCUGACUCUGCUGGAGGCACAUCGGGUGCGGGAAUAAGUGAAAGUGAAAGUGCAAGUCCAGAGAAGUGGAAAGAUGAAGACCUGGGGAGGUUCCCGAACCCAAAGGGCGAAUAUACUGAAUUCUCAAAUAGUAUUCUGCCAAAAUUCUACCUGUCCUUUUGA